AUGCAUAUUCUGCAGUCCUGCUUGAUGCGAGAUCAACUCCAGACAGAGCCAAGCACCCUGUUUCGAAAACGUAAAAUACGGAUCAUCUGGUGCCUCCGCACCAGUAUACAGGAGAGACUCGUGGGGCUCACGUGUGAGGAAUGUGGCAAGUGCUGUAAAUCGAAAGGUGUCUUGGUAACCCACUUUCGAGUUCACGUCCAUAAAAAUGUUUGCACGAACAUGGUUGCCCAAUCGACCCGCGCCGAUUGA